UUAGUCUUUGACCUACUUGACUGUAAAAAAGCUGGUUGGCAGCCAAGACCAGCAGGAACUCUCACCACUUAYGAAAAUUAAGACAGRACACAAAUAUAAACUUCCUUUAUCGGUAGGACUGUAAAGUCUUCCGGCGUUAGUAGUUAAAACAACGCUUUACUUGAAUSAGAAUUGAAGAAGCAGAUACAUAUCAAAGCAUGUCUUACACAAAGAGGUUCAUAGUGAUGUUGUACCUGUUGCAAACAGCUCAAUCGGUGCCAGUGGUUAAUCAGACUACAUCAGUUCCAGUAAAAACCUACACCACUGCAAUUCCAGAUAAUUCAGUCACAAGUCAAACCACACAAGUCACAUCCCAGACAUCGCAGACCGCCUCGGAAGCCAUGACGAAUACCACUACAACUCAACAAACAUCCACAGUUGCAGAUCCCACUACAAAAUCUGUACAAGUUACCGUGAAGCCAUCUACCAAAGCUUCCAGGCCAACUUGUGGGAAGAUUUUACGUAAACUACAGAGAAACCCACCACUGCAUACAAAGAUCACCAGGCCAGGCAAACGGAAAGUCCGAUAUCAAUGUAAUGUUGGUACGAAAAUGGACAACGGAAAAAAACAAGCUACAAGAAAGUGCAUCAAUGGACGAAUCAUUGGAAAAAGUGUCAAAUGCAAACCCAUUGUUUGUGGCAAGCCCCCACCAGUCCCACAUGCGACGUACAGAGGAAAAAACUUUACCUUCAUGGGUAGGGUGGUGUAUAGGUGUAACAAAGAAUACAAGAUGGAGGGAAGGUCAUGGAGAAGUUGCAAAUUCAAUGGAAAAUGGACAAAGAAACCACGAUGUACUAGUACAAGAUGUCCAUUGAAGAAGUUACCCAGAAUUSCUCAUGGCACAGUAAACACCACWGACCCURAAUUUAAACAMGGCACUACAUUGUUGUUCUCCUGUAACCAUGGUUAUGAAUUGGCGAGAAAUGAUAAAKCAAUAGARUGUAAUGAAGGAAAAUGGACCCGUCCACUGAGAUACAUUCCAUAUUGCAAAGCGAUUAAGUGUCCAGAYCCAACCAAAUACCAUAAYAACGGUCGUUACAACGGUCKCAACUUCAGARUAAAUGCCACUGUGGAAUUUUUCUGUUAUGCGGGACUCAAACUUCUUGGAUCCAGGAAACGAACUUGUCAAGCAAACAAAUUGUGGAGUGGAAGUACCACAGUGUGUGAUACUGGGAAUACGUAUUGUCCAAAUCCUGGAACACCAAUCAGUGGCAAGAAGAUCGGUCAUCGAUAUAACUUCGGCUCAAUCGUAAGGUUUAAGUGUGACGAAGGCUAUGUUCUGAUUGGUUCGUCUGUGCGACGAUGUAUGCCGAAUAGACGUUGGAAUGGGACUGAGACAGUUUGUAUGGCYGAGUUUGAAUACAUGACUCGAAACACMAGGAACACUGCUGCAAUCCUGAAGCAAAACCUCGAUAGGAUGCUAGAAUACACUUGCUCUGGUAUCAAUUCUACAUGUAACAUGACUAACGUGGAUCUAAGGGCUAGAGCAAUCAAUCCGAAACACGCAGGUGGACURGAUAUUGUAUUUGUAUUCGACGCYUCAAGUAGCAUCAACAAACUAGACUUCAAACUUGGAAUACGGUUCGCUCAAGAGUUAGUUAAACAACUUGGGUCAACGUGGAAACCUGGAGGAACUCACGUAGCUGCCUUGACGUAUGGCACCAAACCUCAGAUGGAAUUCAAUCUUGGUGAUGCGUCUACAGACUCUGCUGAUAAAGUUAUACGUCAACUUGAUAAAAUAGAUCGACUCGGAGGUGGAACUGCAUCACAACCCGCUUUGGACAUGGUAAAAACAUUAGUUGUUCCUCAGACUCGUGAAGGAAGCCAGAAAACCUUGUUUUUUAUCACAGAUGGCCGCUCCAACAUCGGUGGCAGCCCAAGGAAGGCUGCUGCAUAUCUUCGUGAGAAGAAAGACUUUGAGAUUUACGCCGUUGGAGUUGGUAAGCAAGUGAGACACAGAGAGUUAAUGUCAAUCGCUUCACAUCCUGAGGAUAAACAUGUACUUGUUGUGAAAGAUUACGGAGAACUACCGAAAAUGGUCCGACAGGCAGUCGAUAUCAAGAUUGAUUACACACCAUGCGGUGUAAGUCCAACCUCGUUUAGAGCCAGAAUGGUUGGAGGGAACAAAGCUGGCCGUGGGACCUGGCCUUGGCAAGUUGGAAUUCAUAAUCUUAACUUGAAGGGAAAUCUCGCCCUGAAAUGUGGUGGAGCAUUGAUUGGAAAACAAUGGGUUCUAACAGCAGGGCAUUGUUUUUAUGGAAUAAAUGAAAUCACAAAAAAAACAGAGAGGCAAAUUAUUCCACCAUCAAUAUACACCGUUAAAGUAGGUGAUUAUCACCUGAAAGUCAAAGAACCAGCCCAGGUCGACCUUGAAGCUGAAGCGAUUUAUAUCCAUCAAAGCUAUAGGCAUCACCCAUUUUUUGAGAACGAUAUUGCACUCAUUAAACUUAGAGAAGAAGUGAAGCUAGGUCCGUUCGUUCGAACUGUAUGUUUACCAAAGAAAGGUGAAAAUUUACUGCAGCCAGGCAAUCAUGGUUAUGUGGCAGGGUGGGGUGCAACACAGGUUCUUCAACGAGGUCAAGACGCACUCCCCAAUAAAGUGAAUUCACAGGUAUUACUGCAUUCAGCGUUCAAGGUACAAAGCAACGUAACCUGUAAAGAUGCAACAAAAGAAUUCUUCAACCCUUCCGUAACCUUCUGCGCGGGAGAUGGAAAGGGCGGCAACGACACGUGCACAGGUGACUCCGGCGGUAGCUUUGUCAGAGAGUCAAAACAAAGCGACGGGAAAUGGCGAUGGGUCUCCACAGGGUUGGUAUCGUGGGGGGAGGGCUGCGGAUUGAAAAACAAAUAUGGAUAUUACACACGAGUGGAGCCAUUUGUAAACUGGAUCAAGGAAACUAUACAAAAAGACCGCGAAGAAUCGGAAAAAUGAUUAAACAAUU